AUGGAGUUUUCCUCGUCACCUCUCGCCAGCCACCGGCGUUUUCAUAUCGAGGACGACGACGAUGACUUGAGUGUAGUAACACAGUCACCCUACUUCACACAGCCCACUCAAAUAAUCGGGCGGUCAGCUUCAAGAGCACCGAACCCCACAACUUCCUCUCCGAAAUCGAUCGUCGAAGUACCUGCCUCUUCUCCGUUUCGGCCCCAAGCUGCUCAACAACGAGGAGGCCGAAUCGCAAACCUCAUGGCCCCUGCCGGUACCGCGUUCAGGGCACCUGCCCGGCAAACUUUGACAAUUACAAAGACGGCAGCAAAGCGGGAGUUCGUCAUGAUCUCAGAUGACGAGCUAGAUGCGCCAAUCUACGCGGGCGGUGAUUCCUCGGAUGACGACGAACCUUCCAGGGGGGACAUUCGUCCGUCUUCGUUCCAGCCUAAGGAGUUGAAGACGUCGAACUCCACGACCGGGAGCCAACCGCGUGCUGGGAAACUACCAACCCGUCGGCGCCUUGUACAAGGCCGUCGCCCCGGCGUGGUCAGCCCCUCGAGCCCCGUAUUGAAGCUUAGCCAGCAUUCACCACCCCGGCCGCAAUUGAUCGACCUCGUUAGCGAUGACGACGCUGAUGACGGGUACAAACAGUCAAACGCAUCCCCACGGCGCGGUUCUUCGCCUGUGGAGGACGAGGAAGAGGAUUCCUUCGACGAACGGGUCUUGAACUACCUAAAUACUUGCGAUGUCAUGCAGCUUGUUGCAAUUGCGAAUGUUAAAGAGGACAGCGCGAAGCUGAUGGUUUCGCGCCAGCCGUUCGACAACCUUGAGGAAGCCCGCAAAGUGACCUUAUCUCAGAAAAAGCGUGGCAAGAAAUCAGCCAAGGUAUCUAUCGGGGAAGACAUUGUUUCGGCUGUUAGAACCUACGCACGUGCUCUGGACGACAUAGACCACAUCAUUGCAGUGUGCGAAUCGCAAGCCGAGUCACUGAAAAGGGACAACCUCGAAAUGGAAUAUCGACCAGACCGGCCAGCUUCGCAACGACUCCAAAUCUCGAUGACGGAAAAGCCCGAUGACUCCGCUCAGCAUGGAGGACUCUACGAAACUGGUGGAGGUGCCGCUGCGCCAGCCAAAGCUCAUGGAGGGCUGCACGAUGAAGCCUUUCCAGAUAUACGGGCUCAACUGGCUUUACCUGUUAUCUCGCUCAUGUGUGCCAUCGUUGAAGCCUGGGAGCGAACUGGCCAAAGCGAAAGCAAUCGUCCCUGGCCAAAUGUUAUCGUCGUCCCACCGUCCACAUUGGCGAACUGGGCUGCAGAAUUCAAGAGGUUCGCCCCGAAGCUCAACGUCACGCUCUACCAAGGUAGCCAGGCGGUUCGAGACGAGAUUGCCUACGAGAUCAAGGAGGAUCCAUCGAGCCAUCAUUUCGUCGAGCCAAGCCUCUUCCAGGCCCAUUUCAAAAAUUUGGAAGCGCUAUUCAGCCAAAAAGUCUCCCUGACGGCUGUCUCCAAGGGGGCGCUGUUGCAUAGCGAACGAGUUGCGCGUGCCCGAACGAUUCUUGAGCCUUUCAUCCUCCAGCGGCGGAAGGAGCAGGUGCUUCAGGACUUACCGCCCAAGACGACCAAGGUUGUCACUUGCAAGAUGGAUCCGGUCCAGGAAGCCAUCUACCGGAGCUACGAGAGACGGUUCAGGAAGUCUGACUCGCAAGAUGCCAACCUCCGCGUGAAAGAGGGCCGCGAAAACGAUACAAACAACGUCUGGAUCCAGCUGCGUAAAUCGGCCAUCCACCCACAGCUGUUCCGGCGAUUCUUCAAGGAUCGCGAUGUUGAAAAGAUGGCCGAGGUCUUGAUGAAGAGGGUUUCUCAGGCAGAGCUGAAGCAACCAAAGCUGGAUCAUCUCACAAACGAACUCAAGGCUCUGUCCGAUUUCGAGUUGCAUCUUUGGUGUAGGGAUUACAAAUGCAUCAAGGGCUACGAUCUCCCCGACGAUUCCUGGACGGAUUGCGCCAAAGUCAAGGCACUCCUCGAACUGGUUCGGAAAUACCAAGCAAACGGGGACCGCGCCCUCGUCUUCACCCGUUUUGCCAAAGUGAUUGAGAUUCUUGGGGAGUGUCUCGCCUCGGAAGGCAUCGAAUAUCUGUCGCUCCAAGGAAACACCGACGUCAGCGCACGGCAAGAGCUAAUCAACGAGUUCAAUGCCGACGAAUCCAUCCCCGUCUUCCUCCUAACGACGGGUUCUGGGGGUACCGGCAUCAACCUGACGGCGGCAAACAAGGUUAUCAUCUUCGACCAAUCCGACAACCCACAGGAUGACAUUCAAGCCGAGAACCGAGCCCAUCGGCUGGGGCAGACGCGGCCGGUCGAAAUCAUCCGACUGAUUAGCGAGGGAACCGUCGAAGAACUUGUGUACAAGGCAUGUGAGAAAAAACUGGAGCUCGCCAACAAGGUCGUUGGGUGGAGCACAGUCGAAAUGACCUCUGGCGAGAUGGAGUCGGCGGUGAAGAGCCAGCUGCUGCAGUUGGCUCCUUCGACACCUCCGAACGAAGGUUGA